AUGUGUAGUGCUUUCCUCUGGUCAGGAUCACCAGCACAGACUCAUAAAGCAAAGGUAAGUUGGGAAGAGGUGUGCUACUCCAAGGACGAAGGAGCCUUCUUCACUAUGGGCCUUCCUCAUAAGGCUCUAGUUAGUGAAGAUGUUAAUUCAGAGGGAUGGUGUGUUAGAGGCAACCGAAGUAGGCGGUUUCAAACUCUUUAUAAUCAGAUCCUUGCAGAGCCAAUUCCUGAUGCAAAUCUUGGUGAUGAUAUUGUGAUGUGGAAGCAUGGAGAGUAUGAUUACCAGGAAAAAUUUGCUUCCUCAAGCACAUGGGAGCAGAUACGACCUCAAAGGGAUAAGGUUUACUGGCGAAACGUAGUGUGGUUCUUGCAAGGAGUUCCACGUUAUGCAUUCAUCACUUGGCUGGAUGUAUUGAAUAGACUCUCCACAGGAGACACAAUGAGGAGCUGGGUUAUAAUUCAGGGCUGUGGGCUGUGUGGAGAGCGGGAUGAGACAAGAGAUCACAUGUUUUCGCUUGUCCGUACUCAUUUACGGUCUGGGAAGGAUUGGUGA